ACGCGGACGACGGAAUGGCCUACAUCUCAUCUCCUCCUUGUCCAAACCAAAUAAUCCAUACGAUCAGGUAUUUUAGUAAAUCAUACCAAAUUCAAUGGCAAUUCCUCCACCACCACUCCGCCUAUAAAUACCCACCCCCACCUCCCCAUUUAAAACCUCAGACCAAAUAGCGAGGGAGAAAAAAAAAAAAACAAGAAAGAGAAAAAGAAGAGCAGCGAGCGAGUGAUGUUAAAACGCCAGAAAUAAAACAAGCAAAAAAAAAACACACUUAAAUUUCUUCACAUUUCAUCAUCUCUUAAAUCUUCCGCUGCAAUUCUUUUUUCUCUCCGAAAUUUUCCGGCGUUCUUGAUUCAAAUUCCUCUGACGGAAAUGAACCGGUUAGGGUUUAAAUCCAAGGUGUUCGACGGAGACCUAUUAUUAGGAGAAUUAGAUGUUAUUCCUGCAACGGACAUGAAUUUCCAGUUCCCAAACAACGAGAUACGAAUCCAUCGGAUUUCUCAAAGCGGCGAGCGGUGUCCGCCGCUUUCAAUUUUACAGACGAUUUCUUCUUAUUCCGUUAGAUGUAAACUCGAAUCGUCAUUUCCAAUUGAACAGCCGAAUUUAAUCAAACUUCACUCGUGUUGCUUUUACGAAUCAAAGACUGCGGUGGUGUUGAUUGGAAACGAGGAGAUACAUUUAGUAGCAAUGCCGAGUAAGCAGAAGAAGUUUCCGUGUUUUUGGUGCUUUCCUGUACCUUUAGGUCUUUACGAUUCGUGUUUAGGAAUGCUUAAUUUGCGGUGUUUGUCUAUUGUGUUUGAUCUUGAUGAGACUUUAAUUGUUGCCAAUACUAUGAAGUCUUUUGAAGAUAGAAUUGAGGCUAUUAGGGCUUGGAUUGCUCGCGAGACUGAUCCUAUGCGGAUUUCUGGAAUGUCGGCUGAGUUGAAAAGGUAUAUGGAUGAUAGGAUGUUGUUGAAGCAGUAUACUGAGAGUGAUUAUGUUAUGGAUAAUGGGAAAAUGUUGAAAGUUCAAUUUGAGGAGGUUCCGUUAUCGUCUGAAACUCAGGAGAGACGUGCUAGACCUGUGAUUAGAUUGCAAGAUAAAAACAUUGUUCUCACUCGUAUCAAUCCCGAGAUUCGUGAUACUAGUGUGCUUGUGAGGUUGAGGCCUGCCUGGGAGGAUUUACGAAGUUAUUUAACUGCCAAAGGACGCAAAAGAUUUGAAGUUUAUGUCUGUACGAUGGCUGAAAGAGAUUAUGCCUUUGAAAUGUGGAGGCUUCUUGACCCAGGGUCGCACUUGAUAGAGUCAAAGCAACUGCAGGAUCGUGUUGUUUGUGUUAAAUCAGGUUCCAGGAAAUCUUUGACAAAUGUCUUUCAAGAUGGCACGUGCCAUCCAAAAAUGGCAAUGGUAAUUGAUGAUAGGUCAAAGGUUUGGGAAGACAAGGAUCAACCGCGAGUUCAUGUAGUUCCAGCUUUCACACCUUACUAUGCUCCUCAAGCAGAGACAGCAAAUGCUGUCCCAGUCCUCUGUGUGGCGAGAAAUGUUGCAUGCAACGUCAGAGGUUGUUUUUUCAAGGAGUUUGAUGAGAGUUUAUUACGAAGGAUCUCUGGAGUCUUUUAUGAAGAUGAGGUUGUUACAUUGCCUCCUGCUCCAGAUGUGAGCAAUUACAUGAUGUCUGAGGAUGCUGGUUUUGUACCCAAUGGUAAUGGUCAUUUUAAUGAAGGAAUGAGUGGUGCUGAAGUUGAGCGGAGGCUGAACAACCAAUAUGAUGAGAAGAAUGGUACUGAUUCAGCUAGUCAUUCCAUGACAAAUAGCCCCGAGUUGAGAUCUGAAAUCAUCCAGCCGCCUGUCGCCAUACUUCCAAAUGUUGUUGGACCAGCAGUAUUUUCCACUCCACUAAUUCCUUCACAAAAACCUAGUUUGCUUGGUCCUCCUGUGAGACGAGAUUUAAGGAAUCAAACUUCAGGUCAACCUCCUCUUCUGGCCAGGGUACCCGCGCCAUUGCCGUCAUCAUCAUCUAUACAGCCACAAGGAGGCUGGUUGGUGGAAGAGGAUACCAGCAGAGCACAAAUAAACCUUCGAUCUUCAGGAUUUUCUCAGGAAAGCGAUUCACUGAAAUCUGAUAAGCUGAGAACACAUGUUAAUCCAUUUGCUCAUAGCACAGCAUCUAGUUCCACAGGUUCUGUCUUGCAGGCUCCUCAAAUGAAGAAUGAAGAGGUAUUUGCUGGACAUGACUUGCAGAAACAAAAUCUUCUUCCUGGAAGCAAUUUAGCAGAUGUUGGUGUCCCGCAGAAUCUUGUUUCCUCUAAUAGCAGAGAGUCUCAAACUGAAGCUUUAAAAUUGAAUCUUCUGCCAUCCCCAUUGUCUAUUGGAGCUCUUCAAGAAAUUGGACGAAGAUGUAACUCAAAGGUUGAGUUUAGGUCUGUUGUAAGCACCAGUAAGGAUUUGCAAUUUUCUGUCGAGGUUCUGUUCACGGGUGAAAAGAUAGGUGUUGGGAUGGGCAAGACUAGGAAGGAUGCACAUCAGCAAGCAGCUGAUAAUGCACUUCGCUGCUUGGCAGAUAAGUAUGUGUCAUAUAUUCCACCUAAUUCUGGAGCAGUUGACCAUGAUUUCGAUAAGCUGACCUGCGGGAAUGAGAAUGGAUUCCUAUGGGACAUUGUCCAUCCCGAAUCAAGUGAAGCAGUAUCAGAAGAUGGAUUAACUAAAGAACGUUCUCCUGAGGACACAGAAAUUGAACCUGGAAUCACUUCUUCAAGCUCCAUGAAUCAGCGACAGCGGAAACGUGCCAACUCCCCUAGAUUGCCACAAUCUAUUCCGAAUAAACGAUCAAAGGAAGAAGUAGUAUGCAGUGGUUCACAAAGUCUACCAUCUUCACGGCAACAGAAGAACGGGCAUCAUGUUUCUUGAAAACACCACACAAUUGGAAUUGCUGACAAAACCACUGACAGGUCAAAUGUAUUUUUGAGAUCUACAAAAUUGCAAAUUUAGAAUGCAGGUUCUAGUAAAACCAUAGUUAGCUCUUUGCUUGAAGCAAAUGUAUGUUUUCUUUCGCCCUCUUCUGCAAUUUUGUCUCUCUUAUUGAGAGAUGGGCAUAUUUGUUUUGCUUUUGCUCAUUCAAUUCUUUUAGUUUUGCCCUAUCUUUCUGGGUUAUGUAGUUAAGGGCAAGUAUAUAUUAAUACGUAUAUCGUUUUUUAUUCAUUCUUCGUAUUCUCCA